UGGCGCUCUGCUCGCGUCCGACUGGAGUACGGCCACCGCCUCGGCGGGAGAUAUAAGCUCCAUUGAAGGCCUCGUGGUAGGCGAUCGCCAUCUUCCUUCCCAAUUUCUCCAUCCAGUCCUCCCAACCUCUCCAUCCAAUCCAAUCCAAGAUCGAUCAGGAGCUCGCGGAAAAGGCGCCGCCAUGGCCGCGCAGAUGCUCCGCCGGUGGCAGAGCUUCUACGGCGCCUUCGACCCCGUGGACGCCGCCAUCGAGGCCGCCGACCCCGACCAGUUUUCCCGCCACGUGUUCCGGCGCGCGAGGGGGAACCUGCUGGGACGGCUCUGCAGCGCCGCCGACGACGACCAGGCGGAGCGCAUCUGCCGGAUUCUCGACGACAUCAUGGCGGAGUCUCUCGAGACGCUGAGGCUGGUUCCAUCAACGCCAGAGGCGCCCGUCUCCACGGAGCUCGGCGAGUCUGUGCGCGCGCUGCGGGAGCACGACUCGGAGCGCGUCCGCCUCCUCGCGCGCGGCAUCGUGAGCGGGUGGGAGGCCUCCGUCCAGAACGAGGUCGACGGCGCCAAGGUCACACCAGCCACGCCCGUGAAGAAGCUGCCGCGGCCCAAGGCGGCUGGCGGCCAGCAACAUGCCUCCGCCGAUCCUGACGCAAAGACGAAGCGACCUCCCAAGAUCAAGCGGUUGGCGGAAAUCAUCAAAAAGGCGUCAGAUCCCGCCGCCAGCUUCGCCGACGGUGACCGAGCCGGGUUCUGCUCGGAGGAGAAGAUCGAAGCCGCGAAGCGCAAGCUCCGCCAGGGUUACCAGGAAGCAGAGGACGUCAAACGGCGGCGCAAGACGCAGUUGGUGCAGGCGCCCAAGAUGAUGCAGCCAAUCAGGGGGUGCACCAGCUCCAUGGUCAAGAAGACCUUCUCGGUCCGGACGACGCAGCUUCACGUGUUGUGUAGCUCUAGUCAAGAAAACAGUUGA